UUGGAUAGUUAGACUUUGGGUAGUUAGCUCCCCCUCCCUCUUCUUUCUGACGUCCACCAACCCCCUUCUUCUCUCCCACUGUCCCCAGGCUUACCUGAGACAGACAGAGAGCACAACUGCACCAGCGUUAUCCCCCCCCCCUCCUCCUUUUCUCCUCCUCCACAUACUGCUAGUCACCUGGUGAGGACAGACAGCAUGGGCAGCAGUAGGAGCGACAGCAGUAGCAGUCUCCAAUCACAUGUAAUUCUACUGCUUCUCUGACUUGCCUGCCUCUUUCCAGAGAGAGAGAAAGUGAGACAGAGAGAGAGAGAGAGAGAGAGAGAGAGAGAGAGGGGAAAAAAGAAAAAAGAAUUUGGAGCCAUUGUCCCCUUGGAGAAAAAGGAGAGACGGGGGGAAACGAGGGAGCACUGUUAAACGAGAGGAGUGGUGAGAAGGAGAAGUCAUAGGAUGAUUUUGGGAGGUAUAAACCGUGCGGGGGCGAUGCCUGCGUUCCUGCGGACCCCCACUAUGAUCCAGCCACACCUGGAUAUGAAGCCCUUCCUGCAGUUCCCUAUGGACACAGCUCCACCACAACACAGCAUGGGCCUGUUUCACAACUUCAACACCGUGAGUAGUAUAUACAAAACCAUGGACCCAGUUCAGAAGGCGGUGAUUAACCAUACCUUUGGCGUUCCGCUGGUGAAGACCAAGAGGCCCAUCAUCUCCUGUAACGUGUGCCAGAUACGCUUCAACUCUGAGAGCCAGGCAGAAGCCCACUACAAAGGCAACCGCCACGCCCGGAGAGUCAAAGGCAUCGAGACCUCCAAGAGUCGCCCCCAGGAGGGUGACAAGCCGGCCCCACUUGUUCCCCCCUCCCCGUCCGACCCCAGUGGACCCCAUACAGGCACCUCGGACAUCAGCGACCCCUGCAACGCAGACGAACCGCGCCCUCUGUCGUCACAGUUUAAUGGGGGACCUCUGCUGGCCCUGCCUGGGCCCCUACACCCCCUGCCUCCCCUCUCCACCUCUCCCACCACCGACUCCCCCCUUGCCCCCUCUGUGUGUCCCAUGCUGACCUCCCCCACCCUCACCCCUCCUCCUCUGCUCCCCCAAUCCUCUGACUCUCCCCUGGCUUUCGGCACCACCAACCCAGACCAGAGUGGUGGUCCGGUGGCCCCUGUUGCUCCCGGGGCCCCGGCCGGCCCAGAGACAGAGGAGGACAAAGCUAAGAAACUCCUCUACUGCUCACUCUGCAAAGUAGCCGUCAACUCCCUUUCACAGCUGGAGGCUCACAACAAAGGUACCAAACACAAAACUAUCCUGGAGGCUCGCAGUGGGCUGGGUCCCAUUAAGGCGUACCCUCGACUGGGCCCCAAACUCCCAGGGGAGCUGGGAGGGGGGCCGCUGGACCCCAACACUCAGGAACGCACCUUCCACUGUGAGAUUUGCAACGUGCGGGUCAACUCCGAACUGCAGCUCAAGCAGCACAUAUCUAGUCGAAGGCACCGGGACGGAGUGGCAGGGAAACCCAACCCACUCCUCAGCCGACACAAGAAGCACAGGGGGGCUGACCUCACGUCCUCUCUGACCUUCUCUAAGGAUCUCUCCAAAUGUUUGGGCGCUGGUCUCUUGCCCAGUCCCCUGGCGGUUGCCGCAGCGAUGGCCGCCGCCGCUUCCUCAAACCACCAAUUGGCUCAGCUUCGCGCCGCAGCGUCUUCCGUCCACCACCCCUCGCAUCACCACCACCACCACCUAUUACAGGGCCCGCCUCUCAGCCACGCCAUCCUAAGACCCGCCCCCGGACCCAUGCGUACCUCCCACGGGCCAAUCCUCUUCUCUCCUUACUGACUCCACCCCCCUCCACCUCGGCCAGUCAGGAGCAGCCACUCCAAAAGCACACUGUGAAGAAAAUAAUCAAAAUAAACGACAAACAGCAAUUGAUAGGUUAAACAAAUCAUGGGUGAACAAAUCAAACGUAAAAAACAUCUAGAGGAGUAGAAAAGAAAGGGAAAGAGGGCACCCUGACCUGAAACUCUCCCUCCAUCUCAUAGACUUGUGACUGCGAGUGAUCGACUGAUGGAGAGAGAGAGCGAGAGAGAGAGAGAGAGAGAGAGAGAGAGAGAGAGAGAGAGAGAGAGCGAUAGGAGGAGCGAUACACAGUAUGCAUUGGAUAGACUCCCCUGUUCGUCUCUCACCUCCCCACCUCCCUCUCCCCCACACACUGUGAGAUCCAUCACUGCAUACAGCGAUAGAACAAACUGAUGAGACUGAUCGCGCACGCACGCACACACACGCACACACGCACGCACGCACGCACGCACACACACACACGCACACACACCCCUCCACUGCAGCUAACUAUUCCAGUGCAGUAUGUGCUGGGCCACACUAUAAGUAUGUAUGGUUUCCUCAUCAUUCUGGUCUAACGUGUACUUAGUCUACUAUUCACCUCCACCUCUUCCUAUGCACCUCCAAACCAAGAGAAUAUUGUUACUAUAGUAUGCCAGUACAGUAGGCUAGCUGCUUUUCAGUGGUCUUCUUCUUAGCUAUUAUAAACGUGUGUAGCCAUGUAUAAGUAUAGCAAUAUUCCACAAUACUGUACAUUUCUCCUCCCGCUCUCGGGGGCACAAACGAAACAGGCAACCUUGUUCCCCAUUUGUGGGUGACCCCUAGGCUCUCUUCCUAUUGGUGGACCUAUAGGGCCUUGUUAGAGUAUUACUGUGGGUGACAACAGGAUUGGGAUGGUCACAUCUUGAUGUGGGACGCGUGGGGGCGGGGCAGAGGAGAGAAGAGAACAGGACUGUAAAGGUGAUUGUGAAAAAAGGUGCUAUCUAGAACCUAAAAGGGUUCUUUGGCUGUACCCGUAGGAGAACCCUUUGAAGAACCCUUUUUUGCUUCCACGUAGAACACUUUCCACAGAGGGUUCUACAUGGAACCCAAAAGAGUUCCUCUAGAACCAAAAAGGGUUCUCCUAAUGGGGACAGAGUGUAGGGUAAUUAUGGGGGAGAGAAAGGAGAGAGGGGUAAGAGAGGAGAAAGGGAGCAGGACUCUGGGGUACUUUGUGGCAGGGCUAAGUGAGAGGACGACCAGUGUGGGUCACUGGAUAUCUAGACCCAGAGGCACUGUGGAGGAGGCGGAGACACGCUGGCGUUUGAAAAUAGAUUGUAACAACAAAGAUGGCUGCGGGGGGGGGGGAGUGUGUCAACCACCAUAACGAUCACAGCUAAACCUCUCCACAGGAUAGGAGAGCGCGAGAACAGAGAGAGGAGCUAGAUCAGAGGAGGCAUGCGUUGGUUCAUACUGCCCCUUUAACACAGUAACCUGGAACCUUGCCAUAUACUCUAACUGGUAUUCUAGCAUCUACUACUCAGUGAGACCGCAAUGUGAGUCUUAGUCCUCAAAGUACAACCACACGAUAGUCUGUUCUCGUGUGCGUUUGUGUGUGUCCCCGAGAGCGUGCGGAGAGAAUGAUUUGUGUAUCUGUGAUAAAGCACAGGGUUCCGGAUUCCAUCCACCUAUGCAACCCCCCCCCCCCCCCCCCCCCCAUAUGAACUCCAUACAGUGUUGGUGGUGUGACCAGUGUACAGUAUCUCUACAUAGAGUAUCUCCCUGUAUGUCUCCCUGUCCUUCUCUCUGUUUGGGGCCUGUAGUUCUGGGGUCCGGAAGGGUCAGGGUCUUCUCUUAUGCAUCACUGGAUCGACCCCCCCUCUCUCUCAUCCUCUUCCAUCCGGAGGGUUGGUUUAAGGCUACAUAAGGGCAACAACGGGACCGCGAACUUCCAAACGAUCUCUACCAGAUCCCCCGAGAGAGACAAAGAGCGAGAGCGGCACAGCGAGAUGGAGCGAGAGCGAGAGAGAGAGAGAGAGCGAGAGCGAGAGGAGGGCGAGAGAGAGAGAGAGAGAGAGAGAAGACACUGAACUUAAGUGACAACCACCCCGGAGCACUAGCACAGCAAGGUCACACAUAGUGUAUUUAGGACAGGCCUGGGAGACCCUGCCCAGCCCUCUUUCUUUUGGACUUCCACGCCUUCCUGUCUUUAAACGGAAAGCCAUGCAAUGCUAUGUGUAUUAUUUCACCGUGACUGAUCAGUGUUUUGUUCUGUUGUGUUUUGAGUUGGUUGGUUCAUCUCCAUAGUUACCUACACAAUUAUAGUGACGUUCAAAUAAUAAUAAAUACAACAUCUAUUUAGGAGGGAAUGGUUGGAGACGGGUGGAAGUGAGACGGGUGGAAUAUUUAGGAGUUGGUAAGAUACCGGAUGCAGAGACUGAGACUGUGCUGUCCACCUACAGUAGGCUACCUGAACUGAGAAUUAGACGAAGAGAAGCCUGCCCUGCUGAACACUGCUGUAGCACUGGGCCGUGUUCACGGCGGCCUCAAAACGGAGGAAAACUAGCCGAAACGGAGCUGAACAGGGCGGUACUACCUGAACUCGUCCAAUAAGAAACGCCAGGCGUUCGUUUUCUGUUGCAAAAAAGUGCCCUAAUGAACACCACCCCAAACGGAGAUGUACACUGCCCUUCCAGCGAGAAGCAAUGUGUUCUAAUGUCUUACCUUUGAUCGGAGAGUUAACUUGUUGUUGUUAAGCGUAAACAAUGUGUUGUACACUACAGGGUAAUGUACAGUGAACUCUGGGUCCUAGAUGUGCUUAAAUGCAUUUUGUCCCGGUCAGGUCACAUGGUCGAGUCACAUAGUCAAACUCAACCAUAGUAAAAGACAUGUAAAACUCCUGGUCCUAUGAAUGGGAAACGUGCCUGAUAAUAGGCCUUUUAUGUUCGUCCACAGAGGAGGUGGCCUGCAGAGGGUACAGUAGAGAAGCCCAAUACAAAAUGGACCCCUAGACCCUAUGCACUUGCAGCGAUCUCAGCGGAUUGGACACAACAAUGCCAUCGAGUCAAUCAGUCGACCAGAUUGCGCUACUACCAUAUUGUGUAUUGAAUCAUCUUAAGAUUUCUUCAAGUGCAUAGGUUGAAGGGUCUAGAGGUCGAUUUGGGACAGGGCCGGAAGAAGGACAAUAAAGAAGCGGUUUAGGGAAGAAGGGCCAUUAAUAUUAGAGGGGUCUAAUCCAACGGUAAUUAUGGCUGUGGUCCAAUUCUCUGACCUACCCAAGUGUGCAAUCCUACACCCACCCUCGUGGAUUUAAAAUUGACUGGUGUAAGGAACAUGGCGUAAAUCAUGCUUGCAAAAAUCCAAUGCUUUUAAAUAAGGGGGUGUGAACAAGUGUACACUUAUGGGUGAAAGAGAGAGAAUUGGAAAGCAGCCAAUCUCUGCUUGGGGAACGGUACGUACACGCCAGGUAGCUGGCAUUAAAGUUGAUCUGACAAGAUGUUUUCAUUUAGUUUGGACUUUUUUGUGUUUUUGUUGCGUUGUGUUCCAUUUUCGUGUGUGAGAAAUAAGGUUGAGUAUUGAGUAAUAAAUCCUGAUAUGACAGAAUACAUGAUUAUAUCAAUGCCAUUAUGUAAGAGCUGACUCAGUCAGUUUAUCCACCAAUGUGCUCUUUUGGUUAACUUGAUCUUAAUCCUGAUCUUAAACUUGAUCUUGACUUGGUGGAGACGAUUUCCUUUGUAGUGAAGUUAAAAAGUGUACUUGGAGUAGUGCUCUUGUUCAUGUUGGUGUGUAAUCAUUAUGUCUGCGUCCCAAAUGGUACACUAAGCCCAUAGCGCUCUGGUCAAAAGUAAUGCACUAUAUAGGGAAUAGGGUGCCAUUUCAGAUGCACCCUGUGUAACAUUGUGUGUGUUGAGACCUGCUCUCCCCACUCUCCACCAAUCAGAGACCAGAGAAGCCAUGGCUGGAACAGAAGUGGCCUAUCACGAUAUACAGGAGACAAACCUUAACCCAGGCAGGGUGGCCGACCACAAUAGAGGAGACAAACCUUAACCCGCCCACGCAGGCACAGACGUUAAGCGAUUGUUUCUUGAUAUAAGGUUGACGAAGCAUCAUUAACAACCAUGACCCAACCGAUCAGUUCAAAGGGUUUGAUUCUGUCACUGUUAGAUCCAUGAAGUUGAAAUUCACAUCUAUGUUCAUAUCGUAGUCACCUCAAAUGGUACGUACAUCCUCAUGUAAUUAUUCAAACUGUUGAACAUAUUUUCUGAGCAGGUGUCCUGGUAGCUGUGUGUAGGCUCUUAGCCUUAUUCCAUCCUUAUUAAUCACCAGAGGCAGAGAAUGCUGCCCAAAUGGCACCCUAUUCACUAUGUACUGCCCUGGUCAAAAGUAGUGCACUUUAUAGGGAAUAGGGUGCCAUUUGGAAAACAUCCAGAGAACGAUAAAGAUGGAGACACUUUGGUGAAACCGUGUCUUGCCAAUAAAGUACUUUUUUUGAAUUUCAUUGUCAGAGGGGACAAGUAAGAGUUUGUAUGUCGAAUUGUAGCAAUACCCAACUCAUACUGGCUACUCUUGUUUAUUGCAAUAAUAAUAAAUAAAAAAAAAUGAACCAAUAAAAUACAUAUGUGAGUAAAAUAUUAUAAAUGUAAUUUUAAACAAAAAAAUAUACUUUACGAAAAUGCUAUUGGUGUCUGUCGAGAGAAACGAAUGGUGAAAAAAAAAAAAAAUCUAUGUCAAUAAAUCAAUAAACUGAAGAAGGAAACCUC